GGCUGCUGAUAAAGAUGCCCCAUGUGCCUGCAGUAAGGGAAUUAGAAGUGCUAUAGAAAUCAAUUAAGAUAAAUUUCUCAUUGCAUCAUUCGAGUAGUUAAAAACUAGGGCUCUGGCGCCAGAAUGCCUGGGGCGAUAUCCCUGCUUUUCUGUGACUUUGGGCCUUUGUGCAUCUCAGUUUUCUCAUGCGUAAGAUAGUGAUAAUAAUAAUAAUAAUACCUACAUCUGUGGUAGCUGUAAAACUUAAAUGAGUUAAUAUGUGAAAUACUUAUAAGAAAACCUUCACAUAGUAGGUGGACAACAAAUGUUAGCUAUUAUUUGCAUAGAUUUGGACGUGACCCAGAACUGCAUGCUAAAAUGUUGUUAUAACGUAAUUUACUUGUGAAAUGAGUGUUGAUCCUCAGUAUAAAUAAAUCCCAUGUUAUCUUCCUGUGACUUUUACAUAUUGACUGGCUGUCCGUUCUUUAUUGUAUCCAGCUGUGUUGCCAUCAUGCCUCAAACCCGAUCCCAGGCACAGGCUACCAUUCGUUUUCCAAAAAAGAAGCUGUCUCAGACAUUGGACAAAAAUAAAAACUCUAGUAACAAUAAACUAGAACCAGCGACCGUCCAGGCUAUACCGUGUUCUCCUUGUGUAAAAAUCCUGCCUCUCAGCCCCAGAAAACGUCUGGGUGAUGACAACCUAUGCAACACUCCCCAUUUACCUCCCUGUUCUCCACCAAAGCAAGGCAAGAAAGAGAAUGGUCCCCCUCGCUCACAUACACCUAAGGGACGCAGAUUGGUAUUUGACAAUCAGCUGACAAUUACGUCUCCUAGCAAAAGAGAACAAGCUAGAGUUCACCAAAAGAAAGUACUUUCCUCAGUUCAAAAAGGUCAAGAGACCACAGCAAGUUCUGAGCAGAGAUGUCCACUGGAGAAAGAAUCUACAUAUAUAAGACUGUUCAAGCAAGAAGGCACUUGCUACAGGCAAGCAAAGCUGGUCCUGAAUACAGCUGUUCCAGAUCGGCUGCCUGCCAGGGAAAAGGAGAUGGAUGUCAUCAGGAAUUUCCUGAGGGAACACAUCUGUGGGAAUAAAGCUGGAAGUCUUUACCUUUCUGGUGCUCCUGGAACUGGAAAAACUGCCUGCUUAAGCCGAAUUCUGCAAGACCUCAAGAAGGAACUGAAAGGCUUUAAAACUAUCAUGCUGAAUUGCAUGUCCUUGAGGAGUGCCCAGGCUGUAUUCCCAGCUAUUGCUCAGGAGAUUUUUCAGGAAGAAGUUUCCAGGCCAGCUGGGAAGGACAUGAUGAGGAAAUUGGAAAAACAUAUGACUGCAGAGAAGGGCCCCAUGAUUGUGUUGGUGUUGGAUGAGAUGGAUCAGCUGGACAGCAAAGAGCAGGAUGUAUUGUACACACUGUUUGAGUGGCCAUGGCUAAACAAUUCUCGAUUGGUGCUAAUUGGUGUAGCUAAUACCCUGGAUCUCACAGACAGAAUUCUGCCUAGGCUUCAAGCCAGAGAAAAAUGUAAGCCACAGCUGUUGAACUUCUCACCUUACACCAGAAAUCAGAUAGCCACCAUCUUGCAAGAUCGACUUGACCAGGUACCUAGAGAUCAGGUUCUGGACAAUGCUGCCAUUCAGUUCUGUGCUCGCAAAGUCUCUGCUGUUUCAGGAGAUGUUCGAAAAGCGCUAGAUAUUUGCAGGAGAGCUAUUGAAAUUGUAGAGUCGGAUGUCAAAAGCCAGACUGUCCUCAAACCACUGUCUGACUGUAAAUCACCCUCUGAGUCUCUGGUUCACAAGAGGGUUGGUCUUAGUCACAUAUCCCGAGUCAUUUCAGAAAUUGAUGGUAGCAGGAUGACUUUGAGCCAUGAAGGAGCACAAGAUUCUUUCCCUCUUCAGCAGAAGAUCUUAGUCUGCUCUUUGCUGCUCUUGACCAGGCAGUUGAAGAUCAAAGAGGUCACUCUGGGGAAGUUACAUGAAGCCUACAGUAAAGUCUGUCGCAAACAGCAGGUGGCAGCUGUGGACCAGUCAGAAUGUUUGUCACUUUCAGGUCUCUUGGAGGCCAGGGGCAUUUUAGAAUUAAAGAAAAACAAGGAAACCCGCUUCACAAAGGUGUCUUUGAAGAUCGAAGAGAAGGAAAUAGAGCACGCUCUGAAAGACAAAGCUUUAAUUGGAAAUGUCUUAGCUACUGGAUUGCCUUAAAUUCUUCUCUUAUACCCCACCGGGAAGUGCUCAGCUGGCGCUUAGAGAGCGGUGGAGUCUUCAUUUUAGUGCUUUAUACACUAAGGUCUGAGAACAAAUAUGACCUUUUUUACUUGAAACCAAUUAAUUUUAAUAUAUAGAUUCAUGAAUAUUAGCACAGAGUAAUGUCUUUGGGUCUUAUUAUUUUUACCCAUAAAAGGGACCAAGUAGAUGCAUUUUAAUUGCUCUUAUUGCUUCUACCACUUGUACGUCUCUAGCCAGUGUGCUUGCAAGUAUGCAGAUUUGCAUUGUAGAAUAUACAUAUUUACUCCUUAGUUUGCUCA